AUGGCUCGAUAUCGAUCAACGAAAUGCAGUGCGGAAAAUACCUUGAAGGAGGUAUGCAGCCAGUUCUUUGGUGAUACCCCAGUGAUCACUCUUUUCCGUGCCAAUCCUCAGCCGGAGCCGUGCCCAUUUCGUGGACCGUUCAACUUCACGUACGAAAAUUACCGUGGUUCGUGUAAAACGAGGAUCUCCACGGGUGACUUCUGUGUCUCCAGUUCAAAAUUGAAACUCAAUUACCAGUCUUGUCCCGAAACAUACCUCAGCGAAAGCAAGGUCGAGUUCAUCGAGUGCGUAGCUCGAUGGACGAGCGACAGGUACAACUUCUUCGCCGGAAAGUUACUCGGAAAAUCGUCAUUUUCCGAAGCGGAUAAUUUCCGAUGCUUUACGUACGAACUGAGUCCCCGUGGCGGAGUGGUCAGCAUUUCUGCCGACGCAAGCUGCCAAGAAUUGACGGACAUCGACACGGCAGCAGUGCGUCUGGAAUUUCAAAACGAACACUAUCCAACAGCGCAGUGCUCUUUCAUGCACUGGCUUGUUCAGAAGCACAACGAAAAGAAUCGUCCUCGAUUGUGGGAAUCGCUGCACUCGACCGAAACCUACCAUUUUCAACGACACGAGCUGGUGGUGUACGACACGAACAGCCGCUCCAACACAUCGAUCAGCACCUGCAUCCAGGCUGACAACUUCGGGGCCAUGAGCCAGUUCGUACUGUACACCGUCAACGGCUGUGAUCAUGGCUAUACGUGCAUGAAGGUGUACAGACGAACUCCGUACGUGAUCGAAAUUUUACAAGGUUCUCUGGCGACAGUGCCGUAUUUGGCAUGCACCAAAGAAUACUUCGACGAAUCCUCUUCGGUUAUUGGAACAUAUUUAGGUACUUACAAUGUUGAAUAUGGAACAUGUUAUGAAUAAUA